AUGGAUCCUUCACAAAACUACAACUUCUUUCCAAAUUAUUUCCCAAAUCAAGCUCAAAACCCAAAUAUACAACCUUCGAGCCAAAACAUUGAACGUCCGGAAGAUCCCAUGAAUACCGGAAUCCAUCCUAAUAUUCCACAACAAUAUAUGAUGCCACCCAACUUUGGCAUGCAAUACCCGUAUAACCAUCAUUAUAUGCCUUAUGGCUAUCCACCUAUCUCUGGAAAUAACUUUCAUGUCGCUCAUACCAACUAUCCAAACAGUGAACAACCAAAUAAUUUAAACACACAACGUUUCAGUAGUGGUUCAACUGAUAUUCCCGAAUUUUCUACACAAAUAUCUCUAGGGGAUGUUGAUGGAAAUACCCAAACCACUUUUCUUGCUCCAACCCAACAAUCAACCCGAAAAUCAUACGAUCCUUGGAGCACGGAGGACAACAAAGCUUUACUAAACGGUUAUUUCCAUUUUAGUAAUGAUAGUGAAUUGGGGAAGAACCAAAAGGGAGACACUUUCUGGGAUAAAAUUGCAGAAUUUGUAAAUGACAAGUUUGAAGGUGAGAAACCAAGGACUGUAUUACAAUGCAAAAGUCAUUUUCGAUCCAUCAAUAAAAAAAUCGCAAGUUUUAUUGGUUAUUAUAGUUCAGCAUGCAGAACUAAGUGUAGUGGUUGGUCCGAUGAUAACUACGUGGAAAAGGCUUUAGAGUUGUACCGCGAUAAUGAAAAGCAAAGAUUUUCCUUGUUGGAAGAGUGGAAGAUGGUCCAAAGAGAAGUGCUACCUCAAUUUCAAGUGCAUGUUGAAGGCCGAUCUGAAUCAAAUAUUCAUACUAGGGCCGAUCUACGUGACAAAGCACAACAUAUUCAAUUGAAGAAAGAUCUUGUCAUGCACAUUUGGAAUAAAUUUGGAACAACUCUCGAUUAG